CUUACGUUUCUCAGUUCUAGUCAAAACUGUUCUGGUAGUUGUUCUCUCUGGAUAUGGAUAUGGCGAUCGAAAACUCAACGCAGUUGGAGAAAAUAGUUGAUUGUGCAUAUGAUAGAAAAGCUGAAGUGAAAGGGUUUGAUGAUUCAAAAGCUGGAGUUAAAGGUCUUGUAGAGUAUGGAGUUACAAAGAUCCCUCGCAUGUUCCAUUCUGUGAACUUGGAUAUUGAAACCCCAGUUACUGAUUCAAACUUGAGAGUUCCCAUUAUAGAUCUUAAAGACAGAAACUCAACUCUGCAUGCAGAAGUGAUUGAGAAAAUUGGAAGGGCAUGCCAUGAGUGGGGAUUUUUCCAGGUGAUUAAUCAUGGAAUUCCUAUCAGUGUCUUGGAUGAGAUGAUUGAUGGAAUUCGUAGAUUUCAUGAACAAGACACUGAGGUAAGAAAAGGGUUCUAUUCUAGAGAUGUGAAGAAAAAAGUUUUGUAUUAUUCCAACCUUAGCUUGUACAGUGGUCAAUCUGCUAAUUGGAGAGAUACUAUUGGUUUUGCUGUUGCUCCUGUUCCAGCUAAACCUGAAGAACUACCAUCUGUAUGCAGGGAUAUUUUGAUUGAAUAUUCAAAGAAAAUAAGGGAUUUGGGUUUUACAAUCUUUGAAUUAUUGUCAGAGGCUUUGGGACUUGAUGCUUCUUAUCUUAAAAAGUUGAAUUGCGGUGAAGGGCUCUUUAUCUUGGGUCACUACUAUCCACCAUGCCCUGAACCUGAAUUAACUAUUGGCACUUCUAAACACACAGAUGGUAACUUCAUGACUUUACUUCUACAAGACCAACUUGGUGGUCUUCAAAUUCUUCAUCAGAAUCAAUGGAUCAAUGUUCCUCCUGUGCAUGGAGCUCUGGUUGUAAACAUGGGAGAUCUUCUGCAGCUUAUUACAAAUGACAAGUUUGUGAGUGUGUAUCACCGGGUCUUGUCAAAGAACACAGGUCCAAGAAUAUCUGUGGCAAGCUUCUUUGUAAAUUCAUCUGACCCUGUUGAGGGUACAUCAAAGGUGUAUGGUCCAAUUAAGGAACUGCUUUCAGAAGAGAACCCCCCUCUCUACAAAGACACUGCCAUAAAAGAUUACUUGUCACAUUAUUAUGCAAAGGGUCUUGAUGGCAACUCUUCCUUGGACCCCUUCAGAUUGUCAACUAAAUAAGGGACUCUCUGUAUCUUAUUGUAGGUUAUCUAAAUAAUUCUUGGAAAUAUUGUUGAGAAUCCAAGUGUGGAUCCAAGUCAUAUACAUUGGAUAGAAAUAAAAAAUUAGUACUCUAUAUA